AUGUCUACCACCAACACCAGCACCUUCAUCCUGGCACAAUCAACCAACAACAUCCAGCCAGUCAUCACCACUGAAAAUGCCAAGCAGAUAGUUGAGGAGGCUGCCAGGGUUACAAUGCAGGCACUGAGAGGACUUCAGGGCCAGGAUGCUAAGCACUGGGGCAAAGCAGCUCAGCUUGUGGAAUGGUCUGCAUGGUUGUUGAACAUCUACCCCCAGCAUUCUGAGAUCCCUCCACAUCUUAUUGCUAUCAAUAUGCACAUGGUUGACCUGGCAACACCUAAGUCUCACCCAUAUUACAAGGUCAUGGAGGAGCUUACUGGGCCUUCAUCAAGGGCAAAGCACCAGGCACAGCCAGUGGAUAAGGGGAAGGGGAGAGAGUUGGGUAUGGAUGAGGCUCAAGGGAUUUGGCUUCUGGAUGCACCCACAGACACUAUGGCUAGGACCACUGGAGUUGCAAUGCAGAAGCCAGGAAAUGAGGAGGAUCAGAACAGGGAGAAGGCAUGGGGCCAUAGCCAGUCAAGAUGUGGCCAGCCAGCAGCCAAGCCUGUCAAUGCCAGUGAUCAGACCAGUAGAGGCCAGAGCCAGUCAAGGAGACCAAUGAAGAAGGCAAAACCAGCAGUUGACAAGGAUGAGCAGGACUGGCAAGACAUCAACAACCCUCCUGAGUCCUGA